AUGGGAACGACCGAAUCAACUGUGAAUGCCUCGAUCAAGAAAAAAACAAUUGAAGUAACGAGUGAUAAACAAAGCAUUUUGUAUCAAGUCUACAAGAGACCACAUGUUGAUUUCUUUCUGUCGACUAUAAGUCAAUGGUAUAAAGUGGUUAUCUUCACUGCUUCCAUGUCAGAAUACGCUGACCCUGUCAUUGACUGGCUGGACCAAGAUCAAACAUUUAUCAGCCAACGCUAUUUUAGACAGUCAUGUUUGCUUAAAAAUGGAAACUUUCUAAAAGACAUCUCUCUUGCUGAAUCUGAUCUAUCCAAAGUUUGCUUGAUUGACAAUAGCCCGUCAGCGUAUGAACUGUGUCAAGAGAAUGCCAUUCCAUUACCUACCUGGAUAUCCAACCCUAAAGACGAUUGUCUACUAGAUUUACUACCCUUAUUAGAUGCACUACGCUUUACUGCUGAUGUUCGGAGUAUUUUAAGCUUGAGAGAUCCUAAACACAUCUGA